AUGGUUUUUCAUGGGCAGUGCAGCCGCAUCCUCCCUCCCCAGCUGGCCACACUACAGAUCCUUCACGGCAACGGCACGGCUGUGGGGACGGUGAUCACCUUCCAGUGCUCUGCUGAGCACCAGCUGGAGGGACCGGGCGUCAUCACCUGCAUCUGGAAAGGGAACGCUACCCAGUGGACGGCCGGGGUGCCUUCCUGCAAGCCCAUAUCAAAAUAUGAGACUUUUGGAUUUAAGGUCGCAGUGAUCGCCUCCAUCGUGAGCUGUGCCGUCAUUCUGCUGAUGUCCAUGGCUUUUUUAACUUGCUGUCUUAUCAAAUGUGUGAAGAAAAGUGAAAGGAGGAGGACUCAAAGAGAUAUGCAGCUAUGGUACCAGCUCAGAACUGAGGAACUGGAGCACAUGCAAGCUGCUUACUUUGGUUUUAAGGGAAGAAACAAUAACAACAACAAUAAGAAACUCAGGAAUAAAUCCAUACUUGAUGAUGUGACUAACAUGGCAUACGAUAACCAAGGCUUCUACAGGUUCCAGGAGGAGUGGACUCGGGACAUCGUAGCUCCUGGGCGUUGUGAUCAUCUGCCUAAGUUAACGAAAAGCAGUAGUGCACCAGUGAAACACGCUGUACCAGGACACGGCGCUGCAGUCCAGACGGUGGAUGCAAUACAUGUUGUUGAAGUCCAUGGACAUAGGGAUAGUUAUAACAAGCCAAGGUGUCAGAUACCUGGAUAG